CAUCCGGUCAAGAGGAUGCCUGACUUCAAAGCAGGAGCCGGGCAGGACCCCCGGAGCAAACACAAGUUCAAGAUCCACACGUACUCCAGCCCCACGUUCUGUGACCACUGUGGAUCCCUGCUGUACGGGCUCAUCCACCAGGGGAUGAAAUGCGACACCUGCAUGAUGAACGUGCACAAGCGCUGUGUGAUGAACGUCCCAAGUCUGUGCGGCACCGACCACACCGAGCGCCGCGGCCGCAUCUACAUCCAGGCCCACAUCGACCGCGAGGUCCUCAUCGUCGUCGUAAGAGAUGCUAAAAACCUUGUACCUAUGGACCCCAAUGGCUUGUCAGACCCCUACGUAAAACUGAAACUGAUUCCUGAUCCCAAAAGCGAGAGCAAGCAGAAGACCAAAACUAUCAAGUGCUCCCUCAACCCCGAGUGGAACGAGACAUUCAGAUUUCAGCUGAAAGAAUCGGACAAAGACAGAAGACUGUCAGUAGAGAUAUGGGACUGGGAUCUGACCAGCAGGAAUGACUUCAUGGGGUCUUUGUCCUUUGGGAUUUCUGAGCUGCAGAAAGCAGGUGUUGAUGGCUGGUUUAAGUUGCUGAGCCAGGAGGAAGGCGAGUACUUCAACGUGCCUGUGCCGCCAGAGGGGAGUGAGGGCAAUGAAGAACUGCGGCAGAAAUUUGAGAGAGCCAAGAUCGGUCAGGGAACCAAGACCCCAGAAGAAAAGACGACCAACACUAUUUCCAAAUUUGACAACAAUGGCAACAGGGACCGGAUGAAACUGACCGAUUUCAACUUCCUGAUGGUGCUGGGGAAAGGCAGUUUCGGCAAGGUGAUGCUGUCGGAGCGGAAGGGCACAGACGAGCUCUACGCUGUGAAGAUCCUCAAAAAGGACGUGGUGAUCCAAGAUGACGACGUGGAAUGCACCAUGGUAGAGAAGCGGGUGCUGGCCCUGCCUGGGAAGCCACCGUUCCUCACCCAGCUCCACUCCUGCUUCCAGACCAUGGACCGCCUGUACUUCGUCAUGGAGUAUGUGAACGGAGGGGACCUCAUGUAUCACAUCCAACAAGUUGGCCGGUUCAAGGAGCCUCAUGCUGUAUUUUACGCUGCAGAAAUUGCCAUCGGUCUGUUCUUCCUACAGAGCAAGGGCAUCAUUUACCGUGACCUGAAACUUGACAAUGUGAUGCUGGAUUCCGAGGGACACAUCAAGAUCGCUGACUUUGGCAUGUGUAAGGAAAACAUUUGGGAUGGGGUGACAACCAAGACCUUUUGUGGAACUCCAGACUACAUUGCUCCAGAGAUAAUUGCUUAUCAGCCCUAUGGGAAGUCCGUGGAUUGGUGGGCAUUCGGAGUCCUGCUGUAUGAAAUGCUGGCUGGACAGGCACCCUUUGAAGGGGAGGAUGAGGACGAGCUCUUCCAGUCCAUCAUGGAACACAACGUGGCUUACCCCAAGUCCAUGUCCAAGGAAGCCGUGGCCAUCUGCAAAGGGCUGAUGACCAAACACCCGGGCAAGCGUCUGGGUUGUGGACCUGAAGGUGAACGUGACAUCAAAGACCAUGCGUUUUUCCGAUACAUUGAUUGGGAGAAGCUUGAGCGCAAGGAGAUACAGCCUCCCUACAAGCCAAAAGCCUGUGGGCGAAAUGCUGAAAACUUCGACCGGUUUUUCACCCGCCAUCCACCAGUCCUAACACCUCCCGACCAGGAAGUCAUCAGGAAUAUUGACCAAUCAGAAUUCGAAGGAUUUUCCUUUGUUAACUCUGAAUUUUUAAAACCUGAAGUCAAGAGCUAAGUAGAUGUGUAGACCUCCGUCUUUCAUUUCUGUCAUUCGAGCUCAACGGCUAUUGUGGUGACAUUUUUUUUUCAUUGCCGAGUCGCAUCCAUGUUUUGUUUUCCGGAAAGGCUAGAGCGACCAUGUUUCAGAACCCAAAUGUCCUCCAGUAGUUUGGAGCAUCUCUAUGAGAUGGGAUUAUGCAGGUGGCGCCUGAACCUGCUGCUGCAUAAUUGAGACGUAUCGGAGUCCUCUCUCGGUUUAUUCUCCCCAGCAUGCCCGCUAAGGAAAUCCAGCGGGGAGAGAAAAUGCCUGCUUUCUCUCCUCCUCUUCUGCACCGCUGUUUCACCCUCACCCUGACCAUUCGAUCUAGACUCUUCCCACAAAAUGGGUGGCUAAUCGGAUGCUAGCAAUACCCUUCCACUUCCAGGCCUGGAGCUUGGCUUAUGUCCAAAUAUACGGUUGCUUUGGUCUGCAGGGAAUCCCUCCAUUCUGCCCGCUCUGGAAGCAGUGGAGCUUUGCAAAGAACACGCUAAAAAUACAAUUUUGCUAUUUUUUUUUUUAAACUCAAAGUUGAGAAGACUAUUUAAGUCCUUCGAAAAAUCUUAAGAGCAUGUUUUUAGAUAGUUUCCAUCUAAAAACACUUCGAGGAGUCAAAAUGCAACCACGCCGUCAUUUCUGAAGUUGUAUGUCGCUCGUCACCCUUUGUCCCCAAACAACUUGGAAAGGGCAUUUGGCACCACUCCCUGAACCAACAUGGUCGCUCUAGCAAGACCCCCAAAGGCUGUGAUUUUUACGUUACAUUUCAAACAUGAUUUGCUUUGGGGUUUUAUUUCUGUUGUCGUUCCAAUGCAAAAAAAGAAAAACAAAAACUAAAACAAAAAGGUUACUCACUUUGUUACAUAUGCUUUAAAAUACAUGUCCAGUUGUUGCCAACCACAUUGAUCUGCUUUGAUUUAAGUGGGAAGACAGCUGUGGAUCCCAGCAGACCCACGCCUGUGGGGAUGGGAUUUGUCUAGGUUUAUCGCAGGCUUUGGAAAGCUAAUUAAGGACUCUGAGAACGACACCAUUUCUUGAAACAAAGACAGUUUGUGUUCCUCACUUUGAUGUUGUUUUGCAAGAUGUUUGAGGUAAUGUUCAUUUGUAUCUGGAUAUCUGUUAUGUGCCAUUUUUCUUCUAGCAUCGGGAUCAAAUUUAAAAAAAAAAAAAGAAAAGAAGAAGAAAUGCUAUUUCAAGGAAAACCUCUCUCUUUGAAAAACGUGAGCCCAAGCUACAGAGUGGGGCCAAAACUCAGGAGAAAGGAACUAAACCCGAGUAUAAGCUUAGAGGCAGGGGCUGUGGGACUCCCAGGGUCUCCUGGUGGCCUGUAUGGGGCCGAAUGACUUGGCUGAGCCUCUCCUGAUGUUGGAAUCCAGUGCCACAAUCCCACUAGAGUCAAGGUUAGAGGCCAGCUGGGAUCAUAACCAGGGUUCUCGGUUUUCUCAUCAACAUCACCACUCUUCCCAGCUCCGACACAAGCAGUGGUGUGAACUCCUGGAAGUCCAAGGAACCCCCUGGGUGGGAGAAUUUUUUUUUUCUGUCUGAGCAGAUGGGGACUGCAUGUGACUCCUCCACCUUGCCUGCUACUUCCUGCUCAUCUCAGGCAGCAUUGAGUUCAAGAAAUUUCCAGAAGCUUUGGGGCCUCAGAGAUACCAUUAGGGGAACUUUAAACACUUGACAAAUGUCCUUGAAGUAAGACUUCUCACGUUCAAGAAAACCCUGAUUUGGUUUCUGCUUAAGCAAAGCCCACUACCAUUCAUUGAUUGCUUUCCACCCUCUCGUUCCACCUUGCAUCACCUUGGGAGCUGUCCCUGCUGUCGCCACCAUGAUGACAAACUGAAUCUAAGGGGAAGCAACCAUGACUUCCUAGCUGACAAGCUUAGGGGGAUUAAGAGAAGGAGGGAAAUCAGAGCAAAACCCGCUCACUUUAUUGUUGGGGGAAGUGACAUCCUGGAAAAAGGAGCAGUGUGGGGUCAGUGGGCUGGGCUAGCUCCUAACCCUUGGUGCAGGGGGCCUCUGCUCCCUAACAGUAGAGCAGGUGUCUCUGUGCCAUCACCCACCAACAGGCGAGUUGUCUGCGGUCCUUCAUCUGGCUGUUGGGUCACCAGGCAUUUCACUGGACAUACUCUCAAAGAAAAUAAAAGGCAAGACAAAGCAUUGGGCCGCUGACAAAUGAUCUGAGAUACCAUUAUAGAACACUGUCAGACCAGUGGGUGGAUGAUAGAUAGAUAGAUAGAUAGACCAAUAGGCCAAUAGAUAGAUAGACUAAUAGAUAGACAGAAAGAAUAUAGUGUAUAUAUAUAUAAAUAUAAUAUUUACUGCACUCUACAUUUUCCUAAUUCUUGCCAUUAUUUUUCAAAAGUUGAAUAGCUUGCAGAAGUAGGUACUCAAGCCAAAGUCUCUUUACCCAGCAUACCUUGCUAAGGGUCACUCAGAGCAGCCUUCUGUGUAAGUUGGGAAUCCUUAGAAUUGCAGCGAUUUCCUUUUCUAGCAACAUUUCCAAUGCAGAAGAGACUGAGAAUCAGAGCUUCCACCAGAUAUCACCUGUGGCGAACAACUUGAAAAUGUAUCCAGGAAGAAUUUAUUUUAUUUUGUUUUAUUUUUGCAGUCAUCCAUUUAUUCCACCCUCCAAUGAGUCAACAGCAUUUAUUGAGCACCGGACUGUGUGCCAGGCUGUGUGCUGCAUGCUGGAAGCACAGUGGGGAGCCAUGUAGAUAUAACCCAUCCCUCCACCCCUGGACAACACUUGGUGGGAGGGCAAUCAGGAGACAAGUAAUUAAAAACAAGAUGUGAGAUAGAAAUAACUAGUCUCCAGGUUAGCCAGGUUCAUCAUGAACAGUCUUUAGGGCUCUUCUUUCUCCCUGUAGUCCACUGUUGGAGGCUGAAGAAGAAGGAGAAGCAGCAUCUCUUGACCCAGACAUCUGUAACAGACACUAAGGGCAGUGGGUAGGGAAGGAGGGAGACAGGGUGGUGCCUUCUCUAAGGUCAAGGACAUAGUCUCCAUGCUUGCAAAGACACAAAAUCAGGAUCUGAGCAGAGACAAAUAGCCACGUUGUCUCUUUACGUGGAGAGAGGGAGCUGGAUUCAGGCUUGGUUCUGAGUUUAGCAUCACCUGCUCUGGCCCUCAAGGGAACACAGCCCCCUGCCCAGUGCAGUGCCCUCAGCUGGACACAGCUUCCUUAUUCUAGCCCAGCUGAGACUGAUGAUAUUUCUCAAAAUAUAUAAAUGAAGUCAGAAUAAAAGAGACUGAGAAGUAGAACCAAAGAAAGCCAAACACAGCCCAGGUUCACCAUGGCUAAUUGUCUACCGGGAUCCAAGAAUCCUCUUUUAAUUUCAUAGACUUCUCACCACCCUGUCCCUUUUCCAAGAGGGGGCCAUGGUCACAGUGACUUUCCUGGUGGAUGACUGGGAGGCCAGUGGAACUAAUAACCCUCCUUGUCUGAGUGCAGCUAUCCUCGUGUGGCUUCAGAUUGUCCUGACCGAGGGGCCCAUUCUCUCCCAGCUUCUAGGGUAGAAGGUGGCAGUGUUUGCUCUGGGCGUCUGCUCACAGGACAAAGUCUGUCAAAGGCAAGUCCUCCUCAGACCGUGUGGCUCUCUGCAGCAUGAGUCGUCACGGUCACAGCAAGGAAAGGUUUCCAAAGUGGAGGCUUCUGGGAAGGGUGCUUGUGCUGGGUGCUCACAGACAGGAAAGUUCUGCGAAGGGUGAUGAUAGCCAAGGAGACCUGAAAAGCGACAGCUGCUCAGCGUCUAAGCCCCGGAUGUUCAUGCCUGCCUACUAGCCCACACACAGCCACAGUCUUCCCUUCAGACCUCAAAGGACCCUAAGAUUGUUCCCGUCACACUGGGGCUCAAGAUGUGUGGCAAACCCUCAGGACCACCGGAAGUCAAUCUUGUUGCUUGCUUCAGAGUGAGGUGGCUGGCUCAGGGAUUGCCCAUCAGCUGGAGAAAGUGACGAGGCACAUCCUUCAUGUCCAUUUGUUGGCUCGUUCCUGCAACAAACAAUGGUGACCAGCCCACUGUGUGCCAGGCACUAUCCUUGGUGCUAGAAACGCAAUAGUGAAGACACAGAUGAGGACCCCGCCUUCCUGGAGAGAAAUCACAAAUAAACAAGGCAAUUGCUGGAAGCAGUAAAUGAAGCGUGCCUGGGGAGAUGAUGGACGCACAGACAGCAUUGAAGGAAGAGGAGGCAUCUGAGCACCCAGGAAGUAACACAUUGAGUGCCUGGGGGUGGAGCCUCCCGCAGCAUAGCACAAGCUAUGGGGCGUGGCAGGGGAUGGCCCGCCCUUGGGAAAACAGCUCUGUCAGCGUCUUUAGCCUGCUGCUCCUUGGUCACCCUUACCCAGAGGUUUUCCUAAUGCCAGUAUUGUCUCUGUAGCUCUCCCCAUCCACAAACACUGCGAGAGUGAGUAGGGAGCUCCAUAGAGACUUUUUCUUUUUCCCCGCUCUCAAGGGAGCAGCCAAAGAGAAACAAUUUUCGUGAAAGGUGUUUGCAAAGGGGAACGAGCCCAGCCAUGAGAAAUCCUCAUGAGCCAAGGCCCAUUAGGGACAAAGCUCGAAGCACGGGUGAGGACCAGGCAGACUCCACUGACUGCAUCAGGCUUCACCCAUCCUCGUCCCCUUGUGGUUGACACAGGUCUGGCUUCACCCAGGCGAUCUGCUCCAGGCUAGCAAACACCAGGCGUUAUUCUUGGCUGUUUGUCCUCUAAUAAAAUAGCCACCAGACCGUCCCUAGAUGACGCAGGCUUAUCUGUCAUGUGCUCAGGUAAAAACCAUGAAUCCACUUCAGGGUGGGGACUCCAGGCCCAGCCUCCUUAGUAGCCCACCCUCUGAUGUGCCCUGUGCAACUUGCACCAAACUCUAGUUAGUAACAAAAAACCACAGCCCAGAAAUGCCAGGCUCCAUCAGAGAAUCACAUUAUUUUGUUUUGUUUCAAAGACUGCCUGUAUAGACCUUACUUUAAUUUUUUUUUCUGGUAGUUACAGGCCAUAAACAUCUUUUGCGAGAACCUUUGGCUAAUAAGCACCUGAUUUUAGCCUGCGGGUGGGUGGGUUUUUGAGCAUCCCUUCAAAGCCCAGAUUGCACCAGUGAGUGUGGGGUGAACAAGCAGUCAGCAGCUUUCUCUGAGCAAUGAUCUGAUCUCCCCCAUGGUCAUGCUUCCUUCUUGGCAGCCAAGGGGGGCCGUGCAAUGGGUUGUCUUUUUCAAAGACGAGGUCUCCCAGCCAGUUUUCUGCAGGACCAUCCACCUAUUGGUUAGUUUGGUGAUAUUAUGUAGGAUGAAGAAGUAGUUUUCAACUCAGUUCUUUUCAAAGCCAAAGAAAGCAAAACACCAUACACACACACACACACACACGCACUCAUUUCCUUAGAGAAAUUCUAUGACUUCCUUCCUUUCUUGGGAAAGCUCCAGCAAAGCCACCACACAUUGAGACUAUGAGAGGCAGGCUAGUAGGCACCGUGCAGCUGCUAACAGCUGUCAGCACAGGGCUCUUUCUGACUCUGCUCGUGAGCUGUCACAGGCCUCCCGCUACCUGGCGUGUCUUGGUCCUAUUUCCUUCUUCUCUCUUACUCUGUGUCCAUGUGUUUGCUUUCCAUUUGACAGAGGGACAAGCGAGACACCUCCAACUUCGACAAAGAGUUCACCAGACA